CUUCUCCUUCUUAAUAAACCACUCUUUCUCUCUCUUCUCUUUUAAUAAUUACUACUUCUUCUCUCUGUUUAAUCUCAAAUUACGUUCCGAUUUUGGCUGUUUUUGUGUCUGAUUAUGAUGAAUUUUGUUUCAAUUUUAGGAUUUAUGAUUGUCUUGUAAUCCAAUUUUAUGUACAGUGUGUUUUUUAGAUUAGAGUUAGGGUUUCAAUUGAUAAUCGAAUUGUGUUCGUUGAAUUAAGUCUUAAAUGUAGUAAUCUGUUGUGUUUAUUGUUCGAAUCUUUAAGAUUUCUUUGAGAUUUUUUUGUACUCUAGGAAUUUUUGUGAGUCAGUUAAAUCAAAUAAUCAAUUAGUAAAAUUCAAAUGAGGUUUUUUUUUUUGUUUGAAUUUUGUAGAUUUUUGUAAUGUUAAUCAUGAUUUGGUCGAUAUUAGAGGGAUAUGAUUUUUUUUGGGCUGAUUUAAGAUUGUUUUGAUUUGAGUUUUAGGGUAUAUGUAUAUGUAUUGGAGUAAUUCUGUUGUUAGGAAAGUGGAGCUUUAUGAAAACUGGAAUUACAUACUGGAGUUUACAAAAUUCUCGCACCUUUGGUAAAUAUUAUAAUGUGACUUAACUUAGGAGGUUUGAAUUAUUCAAAAUUAUAGAGAUUAAUAUGAUUAUUGAUUAAUGUACUUAGCAAUGUAGAAAAUGUUAUUUUUGGUCUGUGAUUUUGUUGGAUCUGUUGGAUCUGUUGGAAGAGGCAGAGUUUUGUAUUUGUUGGGUCUAAUGGGGAAUUUGGUGUUUGUCUCUCAAAUAUGCAUAUCACUCUUACAAGCUGUUUCUGGAUCGCUCGUAAAUUCCAGUAAUGAGGCAUUAGAAUCUCAAUUCCCAAGUAUGUGAGGGUGAUAUGCAUUAUCUCAGAGAUAAAUUCGGCAGUCCUUGGCGCUUAAGGGAGUACCUUGCAUUAUUUUGUAAUCAAACUUGUUAUACUUAUUAGGAUGUUUUUUUCAGAGAAGUUGUUAUGCUUAUGUUUGACGGUUGGAUCAUCCGAAUUCUAUAUCUUGUGCAUGUUGAAUGUUCUGAUAGGAGGAAUUUUGUGAAUUUUGAGAGAGAGUUUGAUGUGUAGUGAUAUAGAUGAUUCUAAGGAUGAUAAUGGUUGAGAAGAAUUUGAUAGUUGCAUGUGCAAAUAUCUGCUAUUGGUUCAUAUAUGUCAUUUGUUCAUGGAGUCUUCAUGGUUUAAGCAUAUCUUUUUCAUCCGUGAAUGUUCGAUUGGGACAGCGAACUUUGAGAGUAUGGCCAUCUGGAAUUGAAAGUAUGGCUAUCUGAAAUUGAAUGAUUUAUAGUUUUAGUGAUCAUAUUUUUGUCAUUCUUUAUGUCCAUAUAUGCCUACGAUUCCGGAGCACCCUCCCUUCUGAUGAAUUGAAUUCUUCAAUAGUUAUUGCCUGAUUGGCUGCAGCUGAACAUGGUCUUUCAAAUCCCCUUUUUCUGGUUCGGAAGCUCUCAGCCUCUCACGUCGUUGCUUCUUGAAUUAAAUUAAGAACGGGGUUCUUACUAUAUAAUUGUCCCUCCCUUGUUUGCCAGCAUAUAGGAGCUUGAGUUGGAUCAUUUCUAAGAAGGUAAUUGUUGGAAGUAGUUUGCCAUCAUGGAUAUAGAUCUUAGAUUACCGUCUGAGGAACAAGAUCGACAAGAUGAAGAUCAAAACACUGUUAGUGAUAUGUUGGACAGAGAAGACAAACUAGAUAACAGCGGAGAUGGAGAGACUGCUCUAAUUGUUGGAGAGGUGCAUGCUGAAGAGGAACUAACUCUGAAUUCUACAACUUCUGAUCUGGCUGUUUUUAAUGAAGAUGUGAAUCUAGAGCCCCUAUCUGGUAUGGAAUUUGUAUCUCAUCAGGAAGCAUAUGCUUUCUAUCAGGAAUAUGCCAGGUCUAUGGGAUUUAACACAGCUAUUCAAAAUAGUCGUCGUUCAAAGACAUCAAGAGAGUUUAUAGAUGCAAAGUUUGCAUGCUCUAGAUAUGGAACUAAGAGAGAGUAUGACAAAGGUAAUCGGCCUCGUAUCCGACAAUGUAACAAGCAAGAACCUGAAAGUGCUACUGGCCGUCGAUCUUGUGGAAAGACCAACUGCAGAGCAAGUAUGCACGUGAAAAGGAGGCCAGAUGGCAGGUGGGUGAUACAUAGUUUUAUUAAGGAGCACAACCAUGAGCUUUUACCUGCUCAAGCUGUCAGCGAGCAAACGAGAAAGAUGUAUGCUGCAAUGGCUAGAAACUAUGCUGAAUAUAAAAACGUGGUUGGUUUAAAGAAUGACUCAAAGGUUCCCUCUGAUAAAAGUCGUAAUUUGUUACUAGAAGCAGGGGAUGCUAAGCUCUUGCUUGAAUUUUUCACACAAAUGCAAAAUGUGAAUUCUAACUUCUUCUAUGCUGUAGAACUGAGCGAUGAUCUGCGAUUGAAGAGCUUAUUGUGGAUUGAUGCCAAAAGUAGGCAUGACUACGUCAAUUUUAGCGAUGUGGUCUCCUUUGAUACGACAUACAUCAGAAACAAGUAUAAAACGCCUCUUGCCCUUUUUGUCGGGGUUAAUCAACACUAUCAGUUCAUGCUACUUGGAUGUGCAAUAGUUUCUGAUGAAAGCUCAGCAACAUAUGCAUGGAUACUACAAACAUGGUUGAAAGCUAUGGGUGGACAAGCUCCAAAAGUGAUUCUUACUGAUCACGAUAAUGCUAUUAAAUCAGCUGUUUCUCAAUAUUUUCCAAAUGCUCGGCAUUGCUUUCAUUUGUGGCAUAUCCUCGGAAAGGUUUUGGAAAAUCUUGGUCAUGUCAUCAAGAAGCAUGAGAAUUUUAUGGCAAAAUUUGACAAAUGCAUUUACAGGUCAUGGGGUGAUGAGGAGUUUGAGAAGAGGUGGCAUAAGCUUGUUGCAAAAUUUGAACUUAAUAAAGAUGAUGAGUGGAUUCAGUCACUUUAUGACUAUCGUAUGUUGUGGGUUCCAACGUACAUGAAAGAUUCCUUUUUAGCUGGCAUGUCGGCUGUUCAGCGAUCUGAUAGCGUCAAUUCUUAUUUUGAUAAAUUUCUACACAAAAAGACUACAGUCUCAGAGUUUCUAAAGCAGUAUGACACCAUUGUUCAAGACAGAUAUGAAGAAGAAGCUAGAGCAGACUCUGAUACGUGGAAUAAACAGCCAGCAUUAAAAUCUCCAUCUCCUUUUGAGAAGCAUAUGUCAACAUUAUAUACACACGCGCUGUUCAAGAAAUUUCAAGUUGAGGUUUUGGGCGCAGUCGCAUGUCAUCCUAAGAGAGAGAGACAAGAUGAGUUGAAGACAAUAUUUAAGGUUCAAGAUUUUGAAAAGAAUCAAGACUUCAUGGUUACAUGGAACGAAUUGAAAUCAGAAGUUUCUUGCAUAUGCCAUUUGUUCGAAUACAGAGGUUUCCUUUGUAGACAUGCAAUGAUUGUUCUCCAAAUCUGUGGCCUUUCCAUGAUUCCUUCUCAAUACAUUUUGAAACGAUGGACAAAAGAUGCUAAGGAUAGGCAUUUAAUUGUAGAAGGGACUGAACAAGUACCUUCUAGGGUCCAACGGUAUAAUGACUUGUGUAAUCGAGCAAUGAAAUUGGGUGAAGAGGGAUCAUUAUCCCAAGAAAGUUACGCUCUCACCCUCCGUGCUCUGGAUGAAGCAUUUACCAAUUGUAUCGGAGUAAAUAAUGCUUGCAAGAUUCUUCCUGAAGUGGGUACAUCAGCUGCUCAUGGGCUUCUCAGCAUUGAGGACAGCAGUCCUAGUAGGAGCUUUAGUAAAACAGCAAAAAAGAAGAAUCCAACCAAGAAACGGAAGGUGAACGCAGAAGCGCAGCCUAUGACUAUUGGGCCUCAGGACGGCUUGCAACAAAUGGAUAAGUUAGGCUCCAGACCAGUAACUACUCUUGAUGGAUUCUAUGGCACACAACAGGGUGUGCAAGGGAUGGUGCAACUGAACUUGAUGGCUCCAACCCGUGAGAAUUACUAUGGAAGUCAACCAGCAAUUCAGGGACUUGGACAAUUGAAUUCAAUAGCACCUAGUCAUGAGGGUUAUUAUGGUCAACAAAGCAUGCAUGGGCUGGGGCAGAUGGAUUUCUUCCGUGCACCAACUGGUUUCUCGUAUGGAAUUCGGGUUAGUUCACCUGAAGAGGCCAAUGUUAGGUCUGCACAAAUGCACGACGAUGGAGCCAGACAUUCUUAAAAGAUUGGAGCACAUGAAGGGACUUUGGUAACAAUGUGCUUUGGAGUUGGAAGGUUAGUGCUCUUACAGCUAUCUGAAAGAGUGAACGAGGCACCUUCUCCUGGUUUCUGGAGAUACUUUCGUCGCUUUAGUUUGAUGUUUAAGUAGACUUGGAGCUUAACAAUUAUUCAUGGUAAGCCUAUAGGAUUAGCUAUUUAGCUUUUAUUUGUACAAGCUGUUGUAUAAUUUUACACAUUAGUUAUCUAUGAUAACUUUAUAAUUUUUUUUCGCA